UGCCAUUUAGCUACAGGAUACUUUAUGAAGAAAAGUUCAACAAAUUAAUAUAACUGAGGGAGACUGAAAGAUGGAUAAAAGCUUCUGUAGGGUAAUCUUCAGACAGGAAAUCUGAGAUUCAUAACAACUUAUAUUUUGGCUUGUCAUCACUGGUCAUGCGGUGGUCCCGAAAUAAACUCAGCUUGAAAGAGGAGUGUUUCAAAGCUGCGCUGUAAUACAUCAAGACACUCGGGGAAAGGAGAGAGAUGAAAAAUUAGGGUUUGGGGGGGGAAGAAGAAGGGGAAGGAAAGGAAUGAGUAUCUGAAGAUAUAAUCAAGGAAGUCAUUCUUUUUGGGGGCAUUGUUCUCUUGUUUCAGAACCUAACAGAAUCCCUAGCUGCCUUCAGAGCUCAACAUGUGCCAUCUCCUAGAGGCUGCCUUUCUUGAUCCCCCCAGUUAAAAAUCUAAGAGAAGGGAUUGAACCUCUGAGUUCUAUAGUAGAGGGAUCUCCCAAGUGAGGAAGCACCAUCUACCAAGGAAGAGGAUGGCCACGGAGAUCACUACACCGAGUGCCCAGAGAGCUAUUGGACACGAAGAGUACAGUCUGUAUAGCAGUAUGAGUGAGGACGAGCUCAUCCAAAUGGCCAUCGAACAGAGCCUGACUGACAACUCCCCUGGGCAGCCGGCUGACCCGAGCUGUCAGAAAGCUCGGACGGCAGUGAGAGAAGCAGCUGCGGCCAAUCGCUCCAGCAGGCCACCUGCCCAUUUUUACCCAUGGACCAGGUCUGCAGCUCCUUCGGGGACCCAGCCUCCGCCUCCCAAUGUGGGCUUGUUUCAAGGGGUCAGGCAAAGAUACAACGGCAGCCUGUUCAAGACCCCCCAGCCUGUAGCCAUAGACCCCGUAGUGAAGGCCAUUAAGGAUGGUGAUGAGAAUGCCUUAACUUCCAUGAUCCAGUCAGGCAAAAACCUCUCUGAGCCCAACAAGGAUGGAUGGCUCCCUCUGCAUGAAGCUGCCUAUUAUGGCCAGUUGGGUUGUCUGAAAAUAUUGCAGAAAGCAUAUCCUGGUGUUAUUGAUCAACGCACCCUUCAGGAGGAAACAGCCCUUUACAUAGCAACCUGUAGGGGAAACCUAGACUGCCUACUUACGCUUUUACAAUGUGGAGCUGAACCCGAUAUUUCUAACAAGUCCCGAGAGACCCCACUCUAUAAAGCUUGUGAGAAGAAGAAUGUGGAAGCUGUCAGGAUGCUGGUGCAGUACAAUGCUGAUACCAACCAUCGAUGCAACCGUGGCUGGACUGCUCUCCAUGAAUCUGUGGCCCGGAAUGACUUGGAAGUUAUGGAAAUUCUGGUGAGCGGAGGUGCCAAGGUGGAAUCCAAGAAUGCAUACGGCAUUACCCCUUUAUUUGUGGCUGCCCAGAGUGGACAGCUGGAGGCACUGAGAUUUCUGGCUAAGCAUGGUGCGGACAUUAAUACUCAGGCCAGUGACAGUGCCUCAGCCCUCUAUGAAGCUUGUAAAAAUGAACACGAAAACGUGGUGGAGUUCCUCUUGUCUCAGGGAGCGGAUGCGAACAAAUCCAAUAAGGACGGGUUGUUACCUCUUCAUAUUGCCUCCAGACGAGGCAAUUACAAGAUUGUUCAGAUGCUGCUUCCUGUGACCAGCCGCACACGGAUUAAGCGCAGCGGUAUAAGCCCCCUUCACCUGGCUGCUGAGAGGAAUAAUGAUGAAGUGCUGGAGGAGCUCUUGGACGCUGGCUUCGAUGUCAAUGCCAUCCUGUCCCCUGAAAGGUCCCGCUUGUAUGAGGACAGGCGGAGCACUCCCCUGUACUUUGCUGUUAUCAAUAACAACAUCUAUGCUACUGAAAUGCUUCUACAGGCUGGGGCGAGCCCCAACCUGGACAUCAUCAACCCUUUGCUCAUCUCCAUCCGCCAUGGCUGCCUCAAGACUAUGGAGCUCCUGCUGGACCACGGGGCCAACAUUGAUGCCUACAUCUCCAGCCAUCCCACCACCUUCCCAGCCACUAUCAUGUUCUCCAUGAAGUGUCUUUCGCUUCUGAAAUUCCUCAUGGACCUGGGGUGUAAUGGUGAUUCCUGCUUCACCUGUCAGUAUGGGAAUGGCCCCCACCCAACCACACAGACCACAUCAAGCAGGUUCAGUGAGAUGCCCUUGGACAAAUCACCCACUGUUGUCCAGUUCUGUGAAAUCAUCUCUGCCCCUGAGGUCAGCCGCUGGGCAGGGCCCAUCAUUGAUGUUCUUCUGGAUUACGUUGGGAAUGUGCAGCUGUGUGCCAGGCUGAAGGAACACAUCGAGAGCUAUGAAGACUGGGCUGUCAUCAAAGAAAAAGCAGAGCCGCCAAGGCCCCUGGCUCACCUCUGCCGUCUGAGGGUUCGAAAGGCCAUUGGGAAAUACCGCAUCAAACUCAUAGACACUUUGCCACUCCCUGGUCGCUUGAUCAGAUAUCUGCAGUAUGAUAAUUCUCAGUAAUCUGGCACACGUUGGAGGAAGGAGGAGCUUCCUUUCAAGGUUUUCCACAGCACAGUGAUUAAGUACCAGGAUGGGUGGCUUCCCAGUGAUGGUGGUCAAUUGACAGGACAGCCCUCAGGCUCACAAGGCUUACAGCUACACCAUCACUGUGACCAGCACGUUGACUCUGGCCUUGGUGGGGCCACAGUCCAAGAACAAAGGGGGAAAAUAAAAGAAUUAGGUGGGCUGGGGGAGGGGGGAAGGGAGAGGGAGCAAGAGAGACUUACACAAAAGCUGCCAUGACUGGAUUUCUGGACUAGAAGACAGGUGUAUAGACUUAUCACCAAUUCCAGAUCUUGUUGGAAGUAGAAACUGGUACAAAAGAAAACUUAUCACUUCAUAGGUUUUCCAGGCCUUUGGGAUGCAGUCAAGAUGAAAGGAGUCUCAAGAAGUCCAGGAAAUAUAGAAAAAACAAAAGCAACAUUUGCCUGGUAUGCCGUGAUAUAGUUGCUCAAGAUGAGAAUAACCGUUAGCCUUUCACAGUAUCUCAGCCGAUUUCUUUAGAUUAACUUGGCUCCAUUUCCCCUCCCCCUCCUAAUUCUGUGUUAAAUUUUUUACUUUGCUUCAAGAACCAUGAAAUCUCAGAGUGGGAAGAGACUUCAGACGGCAUCUGGUCUGACCUUGUGUGCUAUGCAGUAAUUCUUCGUGCAAUGUCCCUGAUAAGUCCUCAGGUGAUACAGAAGCAUAGACAUGGCCUCAGAAUGGAGGAAUCCCAGAUUCACCACUGAAGAGCAGUGAGAAUGUGGGCAAGUCAUUCCCUGCUCUGAAUCUCAGUAACUUCCUUUGUAAAAUCAGGGGUUGGCCGUCAUGCUCUGUGAGGUUCCUUCCAACCUUUGCAUCAUAUGCCUCUGUUUUAGAUUUCACACUUUUUUCUCCAUUCCAAGCCUGAUGAUCACUUCUACUUUCAUUUUGAGCACCACCUAGUGGUUCUGUGUUGUGGUGCAGUCAUGCCACUGAAUCUCUUAAAGAUCCUAAAACAUUUUAAAAAAUGACUCCUCUUUACCAAGACUUAAUCCCUCCAUCUCGUAACCUGUGCCCUCUGUUUCUUCUUUUUCUGUACCCAAUUUUUUUUUCCUUCUCAGCUUUCUUCUCAACAUAUUGUGAUUGGAGAUUGGGGACUGUGGUGGGAUUUUUGUCUAAAAGUUUCGAUAAAUACGGUGGAUGCCUCCUACAUCAGAUCUGACACCUGUCAGCAAUUUUUUCCCCUGACAAACUUAAUUUUUUAACAUAAAUGUUUUAUUGAUGUUCUUCAUCACUGUCUUUUCCCAAUGAUUCACUCCUCUUACUCUAAAAAACCCUCUUUUGUAUCAAAGAAGCAUUAGUUAUUAGGUGCUAUGAACCCAACUUCUGGAUCCUGGCGAUAGCAGUCAAGGUUUACUGCAGGAAGCAUUGUGGUUAUUAUCUGAUUUCCAUUUGUAAGAGAACUAGGGACACACAGCAAACCCAUCAGGAAAGCACCUGUGGCCAUACGAGUCACACCCAUUUUUCAGUCCUCACUCAGAAAUUUAUCCUUUUGACUUGUUUUCCAUACUCUAUAGACCAGGGGAAUUAGGAUGAUUCAUUAUAGAUAGGGUCUAUGGGAGUCACAUUAUACACCAAGGUCACCUUUGGGAGCCUCUUAAACACAUUUAUUCAUAGAGAUACAUAAGUCUUCAUUCCCUCACAUCUGUUUUUCUACAGGAGUCAAGACACUGGAAAAAAAUAAAACAUACGCUUAACACUUAGUGUAUGUUACAAGCAAAGGUACUGUGAUAAUUGCAGGGCUUUCCUAGAGCUCUAACAAUGAUAAUAAUGCUUUAAGGUUUACAAAACGUUUUCUAUAUGUUAAUUCAUUUGAUCUUCACAACAAGUCUGUGAAGUAGCUACUAUUACUACCCCAUUUUACAAAUGGGGAAACUGAGGCUGGGGAAAGUUAAAUAACUUGCCUAGGGUCACACAGCAUUAAGCAUCUGAGACUGAAUUCAAACUCAGUUCUUUCUCACUCCGAAGCCAGCACUUUAUCCACUAUGUCCCCUAGCUUCCUGAUCUCACGCAACACAUAUACUGGUUGGUGAGGCCCAUGUCCAUUGCAGUUAUGUUUCCUUAUCAGCCCUCCCUUUGCUCAUUCCCACAGUAAAUGGAUGAGCUUAAUUAAUCCACUCCUCUUGCUGUUUGCUCUGUUUUGUCCUAAAACCUGCUUACAUUUGCAUAGAUCUUUCUGUAGUAACAUCUGAAAGGUAAGUUCUUGUUUUAUUUGUAUGAGACUGUUCCAAGUUGUCAGAUGAAAGGAAAUGGAGGCAUCACUGUGUUAUGAGGAGCAGUGUAAUGUUAUAGAAAGGGCACUUAUCUGGACAUCAAGAAGUUCCAGGUUUUGGUGCCAGCACUAGCAAUACUCACUUGCCCUUCUCUGUUUCUGUUUCUUUAACAGUAAAAUGAAAGAGUUGGAGGAGAUGAUCUAUCUCUAAGAAUUCUUCCAUCUCUGAUAUAUUAGCAGUCUCUGAACCCUAGAGUCUCUGUGAAGAAAAACACUGAGUUUGUGAUAGGUUAGUAGUAAUGCUUGCUAUCAAAGCAUAAAACUAAAUGCAUGUGUAAAGUACUUGUUUUGAAUCUUUUAGUGGUAAGGGUCUUUAGAGGUCAUCUAGCCCAGCUCCCUUAUUUUACAGAUAAGGAAACUGAGCCCUAGAGAAGGUGACUUACCAAAGGUCCCAUAAAGAGUUAGAGCGGAAACUGCAGUCUCUCUAAGUAAUAGAUGUAAAAAUUAACUCCCAGACCAACAACUGUAUUUUCCAAAUGGUAAAAUUUAAUUUACAAGACUACAUUAGAGUAUCACCUAUCCAAUGGGUGUCAUAAGCUUGUAGAUGAGAAAACAUUGCCUAUAAGACACCAGCACUAUAUCUUGAAGUUAAUUCUAACUUCCCUCCCUACUUUGCAGAAAAACAACAACAACAACAACAACAGGGAGUUAGAAAGGUCUGACACGAGAUCCCAGGAAAGGGAUAACUCAAGAAUUGUCUUAUGGGAUAUAUUGGUAGGUGGGAAGGGAGAGGGAAGGCUAUGUUGUAUCAUGCUAACCAUUCAGAAUUAUGGAAUUUCUCAGAAUAGAAACCUUUUGUAAUAACUUCAUUUUAAAAUUUUCAGAGACUGUCAUGUUCUAUAUCUUACAGCCAUAUAAUAACACUAAUUGAAUAUUGUUGUUAAAAAGAUGGACUUUUGUUUUGGGGAAGAAUUUGUAGUCAUUAAAGAAAGUUUUGCAAUUUCCUAAAGGCAA